GCCGUGCUGGCCACGUCUCCCAUCCUCCUCUCCUCCUCGCCACCGCCUGCUAGUCUGUGCUUUACCAUCCUAAACGACGUCAGAGAGGGCCAGGAACGAGAGGCGCAGGGACAAGGUUGAAAUCGACUCGACGCUUUUCCUUCCUUCGCACACGCCAGUUACGCCCUUCUGCUUUUCCUCCUACCUCGAUCAGGCUGUGUUGCUCGGUGCAACGCGCAGACGGCCGGGAUGACCCACUUCGGCGACUUCGAGCCUCUCUGCCACCAGGUCCCUUCCUAUCCCUGGUGCAAUCUCUUCUACCGCCAGCUCCAACAUCACAACAGCUCUGUCCUCCAGGGCGACUCCGCAGAUCCAUCCGCCGCUCCCGUCGGUAUCAACCCAGAAUGCGGUAUCGCUCAAGCAGGCCACGACGGCUCCCUCGCCAACAUCGCGAACAUCAUCGCUUGCGCACUCAGCAUGAUCCUCGUCGUGCUCCUCGUCUUCUGGACCAGCCGUAGAAGGGCCGCCGUCGGCCGUGUCGAGUUCCGCUUCUUCCUCGUCCUUUACUUCCUCACCCUCCCCUUCCAACUUAUUUCUACCGGCUCCUUCCUGCAGCAAGGAUCAACAGCCCUCACCGCGAUCACCGCCAUCCACGCCGGCCUAGUAGCCGCCACCUUCUGGGCCCUUCUUGCCAAUGCUAUCGUGAGCACACAGGUCGUAGAGGAUGGCACGCUUAGUUCGAUCGUCCCAUUCAAUUUCUUCAAUCUUGCCUUCUUUAUCGCCACGGGCUACAUCGCCCUCGACGUUGGCUUCUCCUUCACAUCCGUCUUCGGGCCAUCAAACCCGCCGGCAGACCUUCAUAGUAUCCCGCUAUUCGUGCUCACCAGCAUAUGGCCGGGCGCCGCUGCGAUCCUCUACUUUGCGAUCAUGACCUACGUCGUGCUCGCCAUGCUCAACGAGGUCCGCCCGAUGUGGUACUUCGUCCUCGCCGCCGUCCUCUUCGUCCUCUCCCAACUGGACUUCUUCCUCCUGAGCAAGGUCAUCUGCAAGGGCGCAGCACACAAGGUUGACGGCACCUUCGUUGCCACCGUGCUGGAAACCGCCGCCGUCGCCGUGCUGUACUUUGCGUGGCGAAGCAUUACGGAAGAGUCGUGGGAGGACGACAUGUACUACCCGCGGUGACCAUCGCAGUAACGUGUCUGUUGCCCGCACACGCCGCGCCACCCCUUGAUCCUCGACUCCUUCGCUUCGCUCCGACGCGGACUGGCCUAUACCCGGCCCCAGCUCACCCACGACGCUCCCUGUCCUAACUGCGCGUAGUCGCUUGUACUAUUGUUUAUGACCCCUCCCUGCCGCGGCGCGCGCCGUGAUAUCCUACCCGUGUUUAUACCGUCCCCUUCGUCUCUCGCCGUCAUGGCCGGGGUCUUCUGCUGCGGUUUUUCCUUCCUUGAUUUGUUUUAUUUUCUGUGUUGUGUGUUCGUGCCCUUUUGAACGAUCUCCCCGUCGAUCUGUCUCCACAUCUGGAUAGCUAUCUCGUAUGUCUUAGUAUCUUCUGUUCUCUUUCUGUCCGCUUUACGACGCUGCCGCCCGCCCGCGCCGCACUCAC